UCACUGUUUUGCUGCAAGCGCCGAGAUGCCGCCAAACAGGGCUCACCCCAAGCGGUUCGGAAACUGCUAGUGGCUGAGCCGGCUUUGUAAAGGCAGGGAGGGAGGGGAGAAUGCUGCGUUGCCAAUGCCAGAAAGAGCCGGGAGGUGUCUCAAAUGUGGGACUUGCUUAUCAGUGAAACCUACCCGCCGUCUCUCCCUUUUCCUCAGCUCCCUUGCGCGCUGCGCUGGGCCGGGGAAGCAGCAGCAGCAGCCGCCUGAGCUCAGAGGCUGGGCGGCGGCAGGGAUCAUGGCUGCUCCUCAGCAGCACCAGCUCCUGCAGUACAGCGUGAAGCUGCUGUUGGUGAGCGAGGAGCAGCUGCGGGGGGGGCUGCAGCUUGCCAGCCCCAACCAGGGCGCGCUCCAGCUGGCGGUGCAGCCUGGCGAGGAGGAUGCGGACGUGACUGUGACAGACGCUGAUGGAGUCUGUGUGUUUAAAUGCUUGGUUAACAGAGACACUGAAUACUGUCGUGUGGGCAAAGAGUCUGUCCUAAUUACACUGGGGUACAACAGUGUCUUACUCCAAUUCAAGUCACAUUCUGAGUACAGCACAUUUUCAAAUGCACUGAAGAGAUGCCGGAAUCAGAAGAAGGAAAACUCUGUUUUCAAUCAGCGAACAGAAGAAGCAUCUGCUGCUCAGUAUUUUCAGUUUUAUGGCUGUCUGUCUCAACAACAGAAUAUGAUGCAGGAUUUUGUGAGGACGGCCACAUAUCACAGAGCUAUCCUACAGAACCACAUAGAUUUUAAAGACAAGGUGGUCCUAGACGUUGGCUGUGGAUCAGGAAUCCUUUCAUUUUUUGCAGUGCAGGCUGGAGCGAGAAAAGUCUAUGCAGUUGAAGCCAGUUCAGUGGCAAAAUAUGCCGAGAUUCUAGUGAGAAGUAACAACCUCUCAGAUAAGAUCAUGGUUUUAUCAGGUAAAAUUGAGGAAAUCUCUUUACCGGAGAACGUUGAUGUGGUUAUUUCUGAACCAAUGGGUUACAUGCUGUUCAAUGAGAGGAUGCUGGAAAGUUACCUCCAUUCCAAAAAAUGGUUGAAGUCAAAUGGAAUGAUGUUUCCAACAUUUAGUGACAUUCAUUUGGCUCCUUUUUCCGAUGAACAGCUGUACAUGGAACACUACUCCAGAGCCAAUUUUUGGUACCAGCAGUGUUUUUAUGGGGUCAAUCUGUCCAGUCUCCGCAGUGCAGCGGUGGAUGAAUACUUCCGACAACCUAUUGUAGAUACUUUCGACAUCAGAAUUUUGAUGGCUCGGACAGUGAAGUACACUGUUAACUUUACAGAAGCUGAAGAGGAAGAUUUGCAUAGAGUGGAAAUCCCCUUCGUUUUCCAGAUGAUGCAGUCCGGACUAAUCCAUGGCCUGGCUUUUUGGUUUGACGUGGCAUUUGUGGGAUCACUGGUAACUGUUUGGUUGUCAACUGCUCCAACAGAACCUUUAACUCACUGGUAUCAAGUACGCUGCCUCCUUCAGACUCCCCUCUUUGCCAAAGAAGGAGAAACUCUCUCAGGGAAAGUCCUGUUUGUAGCGAAUAAACGACAGAGUUACGACAUUCAGAUUGUGGCUGUGGUGGACCAGACAGGCUUUAAAUCUGGUAACAUCCUUGAUUUAAAGAAUCCAUUUUUUAGGUAUGCCUAGAAUAUAUUGUUAUAUGGCAAAUGAAAAACAGAAACAAGAUUCUCACCAAGCCAAGUAACCUAUAAGACUGAAAACCUAUUCAGAGUAAUGGGCUUGCUGGUCCUUGUGCAAAAUCAGAUUGUAACUGUACAUAUCUGUAAUAAAAGAUUUUAUGCAAGCAGUGUGAUACGGGAAUGUUGCAGUCCCAUCCAUUUUUUAAAAACUGAAAUUUAGCUUGGGCUCAUAUUUGCAUCAUAGCACAUUACUUUGUUCUGAAAUGCUUUGUUGAUAUCUGUUAAAUGUUGGUUUUUGCUUUGGGUUUUCUGCAAAGUUGACAUUGGUUGCUUUUUAAAAAAAACAACAAAAACAAACCUACCUCAUGUUUAUAUAUGUGAUACAUUGAAGAAUCUUAAAAGCAGAACACAAUAUUCAUAUGUAAGUUUAUUGGAGUUUCCUGCCCAAGUUUCUUGGUGAUUUCAGUAUGUUUGGAGCUGGUCUUAUAGGUUACCAAUGUUAAAUAUGGACUCAUUAAUUCUGUUCUUUCUGAAACAUGGAAACAAAAUGAUCCUUUGCAUACACCUUAUAAAUAUUCUGUGAUUACUCUGUAGAUAUAAAAGUGAAGAACUACACACUUGUAAAUUACUGCUAACACAGUUUACAAUAGAAAAUAAAAUACGGGCUUUAAGAGAGGCUUUUACUGUUUCUGUAGAUCAGUGGAAACUUGCGGGUUGUCCAGUACUUCUAGGGAACGUUUUUUAUUCCUGGCACAGCAGGUCAAGAGAAAAACUUGUUGCCAUGCUACAGUUUCUAACAAGGUCUCUCUCCAGAUAAUGAGUUUUCCAGUUUCUAAUGCAGUCUCUCUCCUUGUGGAUGGAGUCCACUCGCUUUACUCUCUUCCCCUUCUCCCCACAAUCUUACCACACUGAAAAUAAAACAUGAUGACGGGAGAAAAAACCAAAACAGGGCUAUGAAGUAGUUUUCCCCACUUUAAUUCAGUGAAAAAAGGCUAAUGUAUCUGAUUAGCUGCUUACACAGAGUUUGUGGAAAUUGCUUUGUUACACAUUCUAACCAAUUUAGAAGUAUUUCCUGAUUAGUCACUUUUGGGGGUGUUGGGGAAUCAGGAUGAUCUGGUCAAACUGGUAUUCAUAUUUCUAUUCAGUUCAGAAAUUCUACUUUAUUCUCAGACUGCGAUCCAAAAUGGAGGAAGAGAUUAGUGUUAUAUACAUCACACACCAUUCCCAUUUGAGAAUGUGGUUCUGUGUGUCUUAGUUUUUUUCAUAAUCUCUUAUGUUCUCUUCUUUCCUGCUAUGAAGCUUAGGUAACCCUGUAGCAUACACAAUUUUCUUGAAGUGGUACAAUAUACAAGCCUCAGUUUUAGAAGUCUUUCCGUGUCUAUUAUUCUAAAAAUUAGAAUACACUUGUAACAUGCUUUUAAAAUGUGUCAGUGAAAACAUCUGAUUGAUGGAAAAAGCAAACAUGAUGGCAAUGCAGAUUUAAAAAGUGAUACAAUAUUAUAUACAUCAGUUGUCCUCUCGGUGCAAAGAACUGCAGCUUGGGGAAGCUGAAACAAGUGGGGAGAGGAUGUCUGGAGGAAGCAAAGAGAAUGUGGUGGGCUGCCUGAGACUUGCAUCAAUUUGACUGCCCUAUGAAACACAAUGUUUCUUUAAUGAUGAAGAGGCUAUUUUCAAACUUUUAUAAAAAAGACAGUUUGCCAUGCAUCCCAUAGACAUGAGAAAAGCACCACAGGAGACCAUGCUAAGUAUCACAGCUAGGAGUUGUGAAUCUUCGUUCUUUGCAGAAUCUAGAGUCAUUGAGAUGGCUCUGCUCGAAGAAGUAACAGGGAAGAGAUACUUCUUAACAGCUUAUUGUUCAACUGCUCUUGGUUAUU